AUGUCGGCCGUCAACGAGCCCAAGGCAGACCGCGGGUACAUCCCCCUUGCAGACCACGGACUCAUUGGAAACCUGCGCACGGCGGCUUUGGUCAGCACGGACGGCUCGAUCGAGAGCUACUGCGUCCCGAACUUUGACUCGCCCUCCAUCUUCGCUCGCAUCCUAGACGACAAGAAGGGCGGACACUUCUCGAUCACCCCUACCAUCCCGUCCACCACCAAGCAGAACUACACCCCAAACUCGAACGUUCUGCAGACAAAGUUCUUGAACGACCAGGGCGUGGCGACGGUCACGGACUACCUGCCCCGCCAGGCCAAGUCAGCGCCGACGAAGCCGCUCCUGACUUGGCUCAUCCGGCGCGUCGAGGUCAUCCGCGGCACGAUGCCGCUCCGCAUGGAAUGCGCGCCCGCCUUCGACUACGCCCGCGCACCGCACACGAUGGAGAUCGUCGCGGACGCCUCCAUACCGACGAUCUACUCCUCCUCGAGCCCCGCGCCCCACAAGAAGGUCCUCUUCGCCUCCGCGCGCGCCAACCUCGCGCUCGACCUGCGCUACGUCGCCGAGUCGCUGCUCGACAACGUUGACGUCCCCGCGGUGCAGCUGGGUGAGAUGGAUUUGCGGGGGCAGGGCCAUUUGGGUGUGAGCGCGGGGGCGGAGUGGACGAUGGGCGAGGGGCAGGUGGUUACGUGGGUGCUGCGGAUACCGCCCCCGAGGGAGGACGGAGGGGGCCCGCGGGGCGCGGAGCCGACCCCGGAGAAGGCGAGCGAGAUGGGGGUGUCGCUUGAGCAGCUUGUGAUGGGCGCGUCGGACCUGAGGCCGCCGGAGGACCCGUUCUUGACGAAGCAACUUCUGCACCGUCUCCUCGAUGAUACGAACCAGUACUGGAACUCGUGGAUCCGCCAGUCGACGUACGAGGGCGCGUGGAAGGAGGCCGUCCACCGGAGUGCGCUCGCGCUCAAGUUGCUCAUCUACGAGCCGACCGGCGCGGUCGUGGCGAGCCCGACGUUCAGCUUGCCGGAGUAUAUUGGGGGGACGCGGAACUGGGACUAUCGGGCGUCGUGGAUCCGCGACUCUUCGUUCACGCUGUAUGCGCUGAUCCGGCUUGGGUUCACGUACGAGACGAACGCGUACAUGGAGUUUAUCUUGGAGCGUCUGCGUACAAAGAACGCGGACGGCUCGUUGAGCAUCAUGUACACCAUACACGGCGAGAAGAUCUUUCCGGAAGAGGAGCUCACGCAUCUCGACGGACACAAGGGCUCGAAGCCCGUUCGGAUAGGCAACGGCGCGAUCGACCACGUACAACUGGAUAUCUACGGCGAGCUCAUGGAUUGUAUCUACUUAUCGCAGAAGUAUGGCAAGCCGCUCAGCUAUGAUACCUGGGUGGCUGUACGAGAGAUCGUCGAUUAUGUAAUCGCCAACUACAAGAAGCCGGACCUGUCGAUCUGGGAGGUCCGGAACCGUCAUCGACACUUCACGUACUCGAAGGUCAUGAUGUGGGUAGCGAUCGACAGAGGCCUCCGCCUCGCGGACAAACGCUCUCUCCCCUGCCCGCGCCGCAUGCAGUGGCUCGCCGCGCGCGACGAGCUGUAUGAGGAGAUCAUGAACAAGGCGUGGAACCCGGAGCAGAAGUUCUUCGCGCAGAGCUACGAGGACCUCGACAUCCUCGACUCGUCGCUGCUCAUCAUGCCGCUCGUGUUCUUUAUGCCGCCGAGCGAUCCGCGGUUCUUGAGUACGUUGAAGCAGAUACUGUACACGCCGGAGAGGGGUGGUUUGACGUCUAACGCAAGUGUCGGCCUGGUGUACCGUUACGACGUGAGAAAGACCGACGACGGUGUUGGCGGGGACGAAGGGACGUUCUGCUUGUGUACACUCUGGUGUGUAGAAGCUCUGGCGCGUGCGGGCGAGUACGACAAGGCCAUGCUGUCUAGGGCCGUCGGGAUGUUCGAGGACUUCUUGCAAUACACGAACCACGUUGGGCUUUGUACGGAAGAGAUCUCCGCGGCAGGCGAAGCGCUCGGAAACGCUGUACAAGGCUUCACGCACGUCACAUUGAUCUCGGCGGCGUACAACCUUUCGCGGAUGCUUCAGAAGGUGCGGGGUGCAUAG